GAAGGUAAACUCCUCAGUGACAAUCACACACACACACACACACUUCCGCCGUCGGGAUUCCCGCGAGCGCGAGCUCACAACAACGCCAGUGUUCCUGUCGAGUCUAUGAGGUCCUGGAUGAGGAGUGCAAUGCCUGGAAACGGCACUGGGACCAAACACAAGCCUCGGCCCCACACACACGGGUCGGGACGCUGCAGGUCCGAGUGUUACAAGCCGAGUCGCUCCGGCUCCAGAGACAGCUCGCGUAACCAGCACUCUCCCCGGGAUCAUCACACCUCCAAGCAGGAGUCGUAUAGGAACCAGCACAACACAAGUCAGGACUCGUACCCAAACUGCUACACUGAUUUACCCCGGAUCAUUGAUCCGCAGCCACCCCACAGUCCUCCACGCUACGCUAACACCGCUGUGAGCUCCUGCCGUGAGAAUCACAAAGCAAACCAGGAUUCAUUACGGAAUCACAAUAUGGCCAACCAGAACCUCUACCGUGAUAGUCAGGAACAUUACUACGACCGUGUCUCCAAUCUGGAGCGCAAAAUGUCCCAGGAUUCAUGUCGCAAUUUCUAUACCAGCAGUCAGCCCUUAUUCCGAGAUCAGGAUUCGCAGCGUGGUCACUGCGCCGAUCCUCCACGCACUAUCGUCAUCGAUACCCAGCCAUCCCAGAACACGUCCCGGAGCUGCGGCUUGAUCUCCGGCGCUCGCUGCGGCUCGUGCUCCUGGUCAGGCUGUCGAGCUCUAAUCUGCUGCGUCCUCACCUGUGGAUUUUACGGCCGCCAGCAGCCCUGCGUUCCCCCUAACGAGAGUUCCACUGACCCGCCGCCUAAAUCUGAGCCUGAACCGCGGCGACCCGAACCAAAAUACGAACCUAAAACCACCCAUUUGCCCAGUUCUGGAAGCUUCCGUUAUGGAGAUGUGUACUUCGCUGGGAAGAAGGUCGUUUACUCACCAAAUUCAGACGCCCCCGCGCGACGCAGCAGGUCUGCAGCAAAGGGCGAGAGCCAGAGACCUGUUAGCAACACCAGCAUUUACUCCAGAGAGGACCUGGACGUGGACGAAGUGGAUGAUGGCGGCACCGACAUCGACUCCCUCAUCACCAAGAAGCUUCUGGAGCUUUAUAAACUGCACCAGAUCGAGCAGCUGGCCAAGUGCACCUCAGACCUGUCGUUCUCACGCAAGACGAACGAGAUCAGUGACUUGAUCAACAGCAUCGCGCAGGACUACAACCUGGAGGAGCAGGAGGCGGAGUGUCGGCUCGUACAUGGCGUCAUACGCAUCAGUACGCGCAAGUACAAGUCUCAGCCUUCUAAAGGCUACAAAAGCAAAGACUACAAAUCCCAGGAGGCAUUGCUGCAGGCUAACGGGAGAAGAGACGGAAAGCUGCCGGACAGCGGCAACGAAACCAUGACCUGUACCUUCAGCACAGAUGAUCCUGAGAUGCUGGUGUCCGAUCUGACACCAUCUGACGAGCUGGCGCGGAGGAUGAGAGGACACAGCGGGCGAAACGCGUACUCCUCAGGGAUGCCCAGGGACUCAUCUGCAGAACCGCUACUGUGCUGACAGACGCCAGACAGACACUCAGACGGGUUACAGACGCAUUGGGUCAGCUGGAUUACAGACUGUUCUGAUUUUAUGGACCAGAAGUCUGGGUUACAGACUAAAAUGAUCUGCAGACUGAGAGGCUCAUUUCGAGAUGUUACUGCUGUAUUAAACACCACACAGAGGUGUUGCACAGCUGCACAAUCAGACAUGUUACAGACGGCACGUCUGGAUUAGAGACGGCACGUCUACGCUAUAAAUCUUUGAGGGGGGGGCUGCAGGGGAUUUACAGAUUAGUGCUAAAGAAGAGCACGGAGUCGAGACUAGUGAGCGUCCUCUUCCUCAUUCUGGUCCAGAUCAGAUCAGAUGUCUGGAUUAAAGAUUAGAGACGCACAGCUGGAUUAGAGAGCCUGACAGGGAUUAGAGGGGUGUGUGUGUGUGCGCACUGGAUUAAGCUGUGCUUAGAACUGACUCUCUCUCUCUGCCUGGUUUAGAGCACUCACUGGAUUUUCUUUUCUCCCGGAGCAUGGUGUGUGUGUGUGUGUGUGUGUGUUGGGAUUAGACUCGCACUCCCUGCCUGUGAUUAUCCUAUAAGAGUGUCCCGUAUUGAGUCAGAAAGCCGGAACCUGUAGAACCUGCACUGCCGGUGCUCACAGACCACAGGUUUUUAACCUAUAUAGAUAUAUUUAGUGCUUGUGUGUGUGUGUGUGUCCUCACUCACUCAGACUGGUUUUACCGCACUCCUCUUUCCAUAACUAAGCUGGUCUCUCAGGUUCUCGGCCCCGCUCCCACUCUCUGCUCACUCUACUAAAGCACGCUGUGGGUUUGUUUGUUUGUUUGUUUGUUUGUUUGUUUGUUUUAUGAAAAGGCACAUUCUUUAUUUUUUCUGCUUUUUGUUUACAUGUGUAUGGUGCACAACCCCUGACGGACUGUGUGUGUGUUUGUGUGUGUGUGAGAGACAUUUAUGAAAAAACGGUCAGGAUUAAGCCAUAUAAUCUGCACUUUUAUGGACAAACAUCUGUUCUUUUCUCUCUGCAUUCUUAUCUGAAGAUUACAGCCUCCUCCUCCCUCUGUGUGUGUGUGUGCGUGUGUGUGUGAGAGAGAGAGAGAAAGAGAGAGAGUGUGGUAAACUGUGAACUCGUUUGUCUGGUUUUACAGAGCAGGAAACAAAUAAAAGGAAUUAAAGGAAAUGAAAUCCAAGUGUGUGCUGGAGGAGCUGAAACACUCAGCCGGCCUUUUAAGAGUUUACAUUCUCAUUUAGAUCACAUUUACCUUCAUGUAAUUUUAUAAUAAAAGUCGAAAAACGUGUUCUGUCAUGUGUGUGUGUGUGUGGUUUAGUUUUCUUCAGGAAUUUCGCAAUCAGUGUUUUGCUGUAGGAGUGUUACUGGGUUACAGGGCGGAGCUUCUUGGUUAGGGGGCGUGGUUUUGUAACUAUAGCUCCUCUGAUGUCACUCAGCAACUUCUAGUUGUUAAGAAGAGCAAAAAAUAAUCAAUAUGUAACUAAACACACAUCACACAUAAAUAAAAUACCAUUAAUAGCUUUGUAUAAUCUACACCUGUAUCUAUUUAUAUAAAUUAUGUAAUAUAAUAUUUGUUACUAUGCAAAUGAAUCUAAAACUGUGUGUGUGGCAACUAGUGAUGCCAUUGUAUUUUAUCCUGUACAUAAAUGUGUAUACAUAUACUGUAUAGGAAUUUAAAAACAGUAAUAAACACUUUAACAUUUU